AUGUCGGCAUCACCACCGCACGUUAAUGCCCCUCCUCCACAAAACGCACAAGUUUCUACACCUAUUGACCCCGUAGAAGCGGCGAUAUCCACAGCGGACCAACUCCUUCUCGACACAAAUGCACUACUGUCAAAAUUAGGCUUCGGAGACCGCGCGUUCGCCAACGCCGCCGACCUCGUGGCUAGCGUGUCAUCCAUGAGCGUUGCACUAUACGAAAAGCUCUUUCAGUUCCGCCUCCGCGACGUGGAGCGCGUACCGCGGACUCGACAAGAUUAUGAGCACAAUGCGCAACUCGUUACGGACGCGCUACGGAGCGCUCUAUUGGAUCAGGUCAAUGAUGACGACGCGGCUGAUACAUUAACAGGAGUAAAUCUCUGUGCUGGAGACUUGGGCAGCAUCCGUCGACUGCUGACGAUGCUGGAGCAGGUUUAUUUGCUGCUGUUUGAGGAGAGUCAGGAGGUCGGGGAGAAGCUCAGAGACGUGAGUUUCGCCAGUCUCGGGAUGGCUGCAACGGAAGUACAUGCGACAAUGACGAAACGGCGUGUGCCACCGAAAUUUGCUAAGAAGCAGAGAAAGGAGAGCACACCGAAGAGCGACCCCGGGACAAGGUCGAGACCGAAGCGGAAGAAGGAGAUCGGGACGAGGAGUAUGUCGCAGUCCAGAGGGAGUCAGAAGCAAGAAGAAGUUCGUAUUGGACGUGCUGUUAAUGCUGAGGAGCUAAGGAGAACGUCAGUGGGUGGGAAGAGCAGAGCAGAUGCGAUCGCGGAGAAUAACAAGAAGCGGUCUCGACUGUUGGAGAAAUCGCUUAAGGCGAGUAGCAGUAGCAGGGUGGCGGAACCGACUAAUAGAGGGGUACGCGGUGGAUCUCGAGUUGCAGCGAAGACGGCGAGUGGACGAAAGCAGCAAAAAGUCAACGAGGAUCUGAUAGAAACGAAGCCGUACGGACGCUUUGUCGCAGCUGGCGGUUCCAGUCCGGACGAAGAUAAACUUCAAGAAAACGAAAACAAGAACAAGUCGUCUGAUAAACAGGGUGCCUUCUUUGAAGGGGUGUCCUCAGUGCAACACAACAGCGACGAGAGCAUGCACUUCAUGGACGAUGAAGGAGUUUUCGCACAAAACUUUUCCUCAAUUAGCAUCGAAGAGGAAUCUGAGGAAAGCGAUCAAGCUGCUGCCGAACCAAAUGAGGAUGGUGAAAAUACUCAGCCAAACGAGAACACGAAGCCUUCGACUCCACGAAAGAGCGCUAACCACCAGGAAGCCGAAGAAGACGACGAACUGACGACCAGCCCAGUGAAGAAAAAAGUCGCGCGAAACGAGCCUCAUGCUCCUGAACGGCCGUCCACUUCUCGACCACGACGUGACCCAUCCAAGUCGCUUUACCCGUUGCUACCGAAGACAAGACAUCAUGCAGCCACAUCAAAAGCUCAAGCACAAUUCUUGCGCUACAAACUGUCAUUGAAGAACCAUCUACAAGACUUGCGUCAGCGAGAAGCUUCUCAACGCCAGCACUUGGAACGAGCAUUCAAGUCCGGUGAACACAUGGCCAACGUCGACAAGAUCCGAUCUCGUCGCUUCGAGCAAGACGUGCGUUUGCAUCGUAUCGCUAUCGGACUGGAAGCCAAGAACGAAGAGGAGAAACAGCUACGUCAAGCGAUGAGUCACUUGCUGGAUCUGGAGAAGGAGAAACUUCGAGAAGAACAUCGAAUGACGACGUCCAUGCUCAAGCAGAUUCAGAAGGAACACGCCGAACGAGAACAAGCAAUGGAGAAUUUCUACUCGAAUCAGAUCCAACUUGUCAAGGAGCAGACUCGUCGUGAAGCUAAGGAGCGUGAAGUCGUGGAAAAAGCCCAGCGAUCAGUGUCCGAGAAGAUGAUGCGUGAACUGCGUCAUGAUCGAGAGAACCAACUAACAGCUUUACUGCAAGAGAAACAACAUUUGGAAGAGACGCGGAGAUUCCGCCACGCUUCUCAACUGACGCAAUUGUUGGAGAAGACCGAAGAACGGUCGGUGAAGAGGACAGAUGCAUUCUACACUGCGGCCAUGAAGGCACGUGAACGACACAGCGUCAAGAAGCACAAGACUCAACGACGCACAAGUCUCGACCCGUACCGUGAUGGUUGA